AUGCUGGCUGAUACAACAAGACGUGGUAGUGUACUUGAACCAGAAGGAAUUGUUGAAAUUAAAUUUCCAAUAAACCAUGAAAGUUCAACCAAUAUUGUCGAAAGAAUAAGUGAAAAUGUAUUUCAUCCCCAACGUAUUUUAUCCUGUAAACCUACUUCUCAAAUAUAUAGUGUUCAAUUAUUUGUGAAUUCAGAGGAAGUUAGAUUUAAUAAUUCGAAUGAUACUGAUGAGCCGAAAAUUCAUAUAAACGAUCCAGUAAAUGUUAUGGAAGGAGAUGAUAUUAGAAUAAAUUGUACAAUACGUUAUGACAUAGAUGAAGACCAAAAAGAAUUUAACUGCAAUAAUGAUGCUGGAGAGUAUAAAUGUAUCACGAGAGGUGUUAAUAGUGAAAAAAGUGCAUCAGUCCAUGUAACAAUUCAUGGAGUUGAUGCAUUAAAUAUAAGCUUAACAACACCUAAAGAGUUUUAUAGCUCAAAGUUAAAUAAUGUUGUUAUUCUCAAGGUCAACAUUGAAAGAAUACCUGUUAUUAAAGCAAUGAAUACAUCACAAAAUUAUUACAUGAUCAAUGAUACUGCAGAAUUGUCUUGCUAUGCAACUGGAUUUCCCAUUCCAAAAUUUCAAUGGAUUGUUGAUGGCAUUCGCACUCGUAAUUACCAAACUAGUAAGGACAACGAUAGUCUAUUAUUUGAAAAAACAGAAAAAUUCAUUUUUAAUGUUACAAAAAUGGUUGAUGUAACAUGUAAAGUAUGUAUUACUCAAGAUGAUAAUUCUUGUGAGAAAAAAAAUUUACAAAUAAGGAUGAUUGAUGUACCAAAUGGUUUUGGUACUACUAAAUAUGAUGAAACAAUAAUUUCUGGUGAUGAAUUUGGAGUAACAUGCUUAGCAUCAUUGUAUAUGUACAAAGAAGUUAAUUGGUACAAUGAAAAUGGCACAGAAGUAGUCUCAGAUAAUAAUAUUAUGAUACAAAAAAAUACAACUGAAUUGAGUCAUAGUUCGUCCUUGUCAAUAAAGUCAGUACCAAACAGCAAAAGAUUACUGUAUACAUGUAAAGCACGAAAAGUAGAGGAUAAUAUGGUCGAGCAAACCAAUAUCAAUGUCACUGUUUAUGAUGAAUUGGCACCAUAUUUUAUUUACACAAAUAUGAACAAGACAACAGUAACAUAUGACUCAAAUACAGCUCAAUUGAUUAUGCUGAAGUGCUAUGCUGGUGGCUACCCAGUGCCAUCAGUAACAUGGCUGAUCAAUCAAAAAAAAAUUAACAGCACAUGUAACUAUAUCACAUUCAAUAAUACCGAAUUGUACAUUAUACGUUUACAUAGAAAUUGUACUGGUGAAUAUAAAUGUAUUGUAAAAAACCGUGUUGGUGAGAUAAUGAAUUUUCAAAAUUUACAACUGGAAACAUCAUAUUCACUUGGUCAUCAGCCAAUAUCUGAUAAUGCUGUAUUUAUAACUUUUAUCAUAAUUGUUGUAGCAGUAUCGUUGAUGUGUAUAAUAAUUUUUAUUUAUAAAUUAAAAUGUAAAAAAUCAAGUGAUGAAGAAAUAGAUUCUGAGCCAGUUCCAGAUAGAAUUGAAUGUCUACCACAUGAUGAACAAUGGGAAUAUUCAUCUGAUAAUUUGAAAUUUGUUGAAGAAUUAGGAAGUGGUACAUUUGGUGUUGUAUAUAAAGCUGAAGCAAAUGGAAUUGGUGGCGAUGAGCAUACAAUAAUUGUUGCCGUUAAAAUGAUCAAGCAAACAAGUGAUCCAUCAAAUAAAGAAGCACUACUUAGUGAAUUAGAAAUCAUGAAAGAUGUGGGAAAACAUGUAAACAUUAUUAGUCUACUUGGUGCAUGCACCAAAAAUAUUGCUAAAGGUGUAUUGUAUAUUAUUGUUGAGCUCUGUAGUCAUGGAAAUCUACAUGAUUAUUUACAACGUAACAAAAAUAACUUCAUCAACCAAAUUGAUAAUGAUGGGAAUAUUAAUUGUUCAAUUGGCAGACAAACUAGUGAUGCUAUCAAAAAUGAGUAA